AUGCUUCGGUAUUUGCGCUCAGAUGCGACCCCCCUAUCUCCUGAAGAUAUUCAAGAUAUUAUUAAAGCCAAAAAUUCGAUGAAGCGGGCAUCAGAAGCAAUGGCUAACAAAUACAAAAUAUCAACACGACGUGUAUAUCAAAUAUGGAGAGGAGUUCAUCCACCAACAGAUCCUAAAGAUAUGUUUAGUAUUCCAAAAUUCCCAGAUUCAGAUCAGGUCAGAUCUGGAUCAUUAGAUACUGAUUUGCUUCAACCACAUUACAUAGAAAGUAACAUUAUUUUAGGUAGUAAAGCGAAAAAGACUGGAGGAAAAAAACCCAAGUCUAAGUCUGCUGGCAUCUCUGAACUAUCUAUUAUCCAGAAUCAGCUAACGCCUGAAAGCUCAGAAAUUUUGAAUAUUAGCAAAGAGGAUCUGAAUGCAUUUUAUGAAAAAGAAGCUAUCCGAGAUGAAAAAAUAAAGCAGAAAUGA